AAUCAACUAACCUCAUCCAUGUGCUUCUUUUAUCGCAACCCUCUUCCGGAUAAACUCACUUUUUCAGUGCGUGUUGGUGCUAGAAAUUUUCAACUUCACCAAAAAGAAAAAUCUCUUUCGUGGCACGUAUUUGUCUGUUUAAUUCUAUACUUAACGACAUUUUUUGAUUUAUUUGCGUUAUUUCCUACUUAUUACGUAUCGGUCACUGUCAAAACCAGAGCGCAAUCAGGUCAAUAACUAAAAAUAACAUGACUUUCGUUUCUCUGUAAAUGGUGAGUGUUGUUGCAAGUCUCGGACACACCUCCUCGUGUUUUUUUUGUUUUUUGUUUUUUUUCUUCUAUUACACUAUAUUCGUCCCGGUAAGAUAUUCGUCCCGGUAAGGGGGGACAUUUGUCUCUGCAUUUGACCCAUCCAUGUAUAGGGAGCAGUGGGCUGCCCAUGACAGGCGCCCGGGGAGCCGUUAGGGUUUCAGUGUCUUGCUCAGGGACACUUCGGCACAGGACACGUCCCAGCCAAGGAUCGAGCGAAACAUCACAACGUUUAGUGCGUUUUCCCUCAUCAAACACACUACAGUCCCUCAGAGAGAAUGAGGCUACAGACGCCCAGAAGGGUAACUUUGGAGGCCGGUGCAUGCUGUAUGGACUUGUCAACUACAAUGUUACAGCGGGCCUUAUUGGGAUCGAGUCGCCCAGCUCCCCGUCUCUGUGCUACUUCGUGUCGACUAUAUCGGUCAUGGUAGCAGUGGUGUGUUACCCUGUGACUCUGUACUGGCUGUACACGUUGUGCUUCUGCGGGGAAAUGAGAAGGGGGCGUGUGCGUAUGAACCUGAUUAUUGUUGUGAGCGGCUUCUUCCUCUUCUUCCUGCUCAUCACGGGGUGCAUGGUGAAGAUCGGACGGGACUCGCUCUGCAACUCGGUCAUACAGAGCGUUCCCAACAUCACCAGCUGUGAGGAGGCCCAGACCAGAAAAUGGGUCAGUCCAAUUAGAGGGGGACGAUUCUACAUCGGUCUACACGAUGCCGGGACGGCAGUGUGGGUCAACUUCUUCCUCUGGCUCAUCAUCUUGUUGUUGGUGAUGGUCCAGAGGCCCUAGGAUUCAGGGUCAAAGGUGAUCAGAGGAGGGCACAGAGGCUGGCGGGGCCGCCGUCGCUAGCCCCGCAACGCAGAGACGGAGCCAUUUUUCAACCAUCCCGCAAAGGCCACAAUGAAGGACGGAGGACACGGAGGACUUACAGAAACACGCACGCAAGCACAACAUGACAAUGUGGGAGUAGGUGUGGAAAAAGGGUAAACACGUUUAGUGAGCACUGCGCUGCAGGUUUGUCCAGUGAACACACUCUGUGAGAUACUGUAUGAAAAUACUUACAGUAGUUUGUGAUGAUCUUAGUUUGCUUUAGGGUGUUGCGGCUCUUAGAUUCAAUAGAAGCAUCGCACCUCGACGAGGAUGGGAUUCGAACCCACGUGUGCACAGAACAAUGGAAGAGUACUCCAUCUCAAGCCUCUGUUUGACCACAUGAUCCAGAGGCUUGACCUGCUGACAUGUACAUGUAUCCGUUACUCACAUCUACUCACAAAAGCCACGUCAAAUGUCUGAUUACUGGAUCACAAUGACGUGCAUUUCUUCAUUCAGAUGGUGUUUCUGUUCACAUCACAAGAAAUGGAAGAGUGUUUUUUGCAGGUACUUUUUUAUUAUUUGAUGAAUGUUUUUUUUUUUUCAGAAGUGUGUGCUUUGUGUUUCUACGAUGUGCCCAGUAGUUUUACUUCUGUAUCUUUAUUCUUUAUUUAUAAUGAAUUGUGUCAUUUGACAUUGAGGCCAAUUGUUAUUUCUCUUCAUUUUGUCUCAAAGUGUUGGUCAUGUGAUCUCAGAUAGUUCAGUCUAACUGUUGAGAAAAAGAAACACUGUAAAGAAACACUUGUUACGGCUCGAAACAUUAUGUGACAAUAAUUCAGGAGGGACAUUAUUGUAAGGUGAUUGCGUCUGAUUCCCAUGGUUGUGCACAAAAGACAGAAAGAGAUUACAACAUUUGAUAAAUUCUAAUCACAACAAGAAUACUGUAUUUAUUUUGCCAUCCCAUCAAAGUGAUGAACAGCAGGAAUUUAUGACAAAACAAAAUGUAGUUCCGAGAUCGGACUAUAUCAGCAAGCCCAAAAAUAAAGUCAGCCCUUAAAAUGAUAUUGGUAUUAUUAUUCAAAAUAAAGAUUAUGAAUAUACAUUAAGAAGACAAUUGUUGCACUGGUAUUGAAUAAUGGCAUACUGUAUACCCUGAAAUAUAGAACAAUUGUUUGGCCACCAGACUCAAGAUAUUUCUAAAUGAACAACAAAAAACAAUUGAAUUUCUUAUUUUGAAACAGAACAAGGUACAAACUAGUGUCACCAGCCGUUACCAGGUCAAAAUAAACACUUUACUCCUGCUAAUGUGACUCCUCUCUUUCCUUAACUGUCUAAUCUCUGUGGAUUAACUGACCUAUCUUGAGCCGCAAGGUGGAAGACUAAAUUCAUUGAAGAGAGAGAGAGAGAGAGAGAGAGAGAGAGAGAGGGGGGACAAAGAAGAGACGGAUGCUGACGGAGAACGGAGAGUGAUAUAAUAGUAGAAUAUCGGGAAGACACAGCAGCACUCUGUGGGAGGAACUUCGCCGGUUCUGUAAGUCAAUUUCCAACCGACACUUCCACCAUCGUCACCUAAAGCCCCUUGAGUUACUGUCUGAGUCUGAAAAGGACAGCUGGGAGGACAGAGAAGUCUGGAGAACGUUGAGGACUUUCUCACACUCGAUCUCAGAAGAA